CAGCAGUGACAGCUGUACGUACAACUUCCGUGCGCGUUCGUACGUAUGUACAGUACGUCUCCAACUCUCAGGAACACUUCACCCGGUUUCCCGAAGCCAGUGGUUGUUUCACAUGAUGGACGGUGACUCACCUUUAAUAACUUGUAGUGAUGAAUAUCGAUUGCUUGAAACAUACUGCCUGAAGAGGAAGCCAAGCGCAAGAUUUGUGCAAAGUGCCUGUGAGGAGAAAUUUGGCGAUGUGGCUAAAAAACUGGCCCAGAUUGCAGAAGUACAACUUAGUUUUGAUGAAGGACUAGAGCCUGACAGUCCUGUUGCGAAAGAGGCUAACUCAGAUGUCAUAGUGAGGCUUGUUGACUUGCUGAAGAAAUCAGGGGAUGAAUUGAAUGAAACGAUUCAAUGCAACCGAGAGCUUUUAGGAUACCUGCAGCAAACGUUCUCUUACGACUUGUUUAAAGCACUGACUAAAGCCUUCAUCACGAGUAGUGUACCAGAAUUUCUGCAGAGCAGAAAAAAAUGUGAGCAGAUCGCCUUGGCCUUUGAGGUCACCAGCAGACUCAAAGCCCUAGACCUACACCCCAUGAACAGGGUCAUGGGAUACGGAGCUCAGUACCUGCAGGAGAACUUCGCUCCCUGGGUUAAACAGCACGGUGGAUGGGAGAAAGCCUUUGAUGAUGAAGAGGUCCAUUGACAAGAUACUGUGAAAUUGAUGGUUAUUAGUGAUGAAAGUGAUGUUUAUGAAAUAUAGAUAUUAUUACCUACUAUAAUAGAUUUAUAAAAUCUGUAUUUUAUAAAUAUGUACUUAUUUAUAUUUACAUUUAAUAGAAAAUAAAAUGUUGUGUUACUAAUGAAAUGUGUUCUUUACUCAUUGCGGCACAAUGAGUAAAGAAACAAAAAAAAAAGGCCACAAAAUAAUGCUAAAAUAUAAUGCUUUAUUGACUGAGAAGUUGGCUUUUCAGCAACAAAUAAGCAACACAAACAUACUCUUUACAUAUAGAUAAUGCCACUGGAAUCAGAAUAGCGCCUAGUGAUUUUUACAUGUAGGCUAAUUUGUAAUUGUACAUAUCAACUGCCUUCACUUGCUAUGAGUCUUACGAACAACAUUAGGCACAAAGAGGCAAAGACUAGAUAGAUACUAAAUCCUUUCUUUUGCUUUGUUGUUCCUUAUAAUAUCAAUAUUUCAUCAAUAUCACUUUAAUACAUUGCAAUGAUGACUGAAUUUUUUGAAUGCCUUAUGAUGACUAUGGUUGCAAUCUUUCACACCUUAAUUUGUGUGGCAUACAUCCUCAAAGAUAAUCCUCACGCCCAGAUAAUCAACAUCACUGCAGAUGUUACAGUAUUAAUGAAAUUUGAAUUGAAUCAUGUACAACAGUUGCAGUUUUAUUCUACAAUAAAGCACUGAUGAUUUUGAUUAGCUAGA